GGGGGGUGGGAGAACCUUGUUCGUCUUUGAAGGGGGUUUAACAUCAUGAAGAGGAUCAAUCUCCCUCAGGCAGUUUUGCUUUGCUCCUGCUUGGUUUUAGUUCACCAUCAGGGGUCCUGCCAACCUUUCCUCAGGUUCAGACCCUCUCCCAGUGGAGAGUUACCCGUCUUACCUGUCAUUGAGCAGCCUGACCCAGAGCAGGACCCAAAGGAGCAGGACCUGGAUGAGAGGACACUGAGAAAGAAACUUGGCAGCAACUUCGACCCCAAUUUCAUGGCGGUGGUCUUGCCCAACCUCGUUAAUAUGUCCACCCACGACUCACUGACAAAAACUAAAAACCUUGGCGCCCCGCCAUUGGACUUGAAGAAGAUGGACCUCAGUGAGGCACCUUAUGGUGGAAGGAUCAAGAUGGGGAAGAAAGCCAGGAGAAAGUUCUUACAGUGGUUGUGGGCUUACACUUACUGCCCGGUACUUUACACUUGGAAAGACUUGGGGGUCAGGUUUUGGCCAAGGUUCAUCAAGGAAGGACAAUGCUUUUCAGAAAAGUCUUGCUCCUUGCCAGAGGGCAUGUAUUGCAGACCCCACAAGUCCGUCACCAAAAUUUUCCUGAGGUGGCACUGCCAAGGCUGGUCAAGGCAGAGGUUCUGCACCUGGAUCCCUUUCCAGUAUCCAAUAUUAUCAGAGUGUAAGUGCUCGUGUUAACUGCUGCUCAUCAGUGAAAAGACAUGAGGGCUGAAUGAGCCACUGGUUAAACCUUGCACUUCCGAAGGACAAGUAACCUGGUGCUUUUUUUUUUUUUUUGCCAUUGACACUGGGGAACUGGAUAGUGAAUACAACCACAGUUCGGGCUGGUUGACAGCAGAAAAACUUUG